UCCCUGCCAGGAGGUUGGAGCCAGGUGGGGGUGGGGCUGUUGUGCCAGGAAGCAGCAGUAGGACAAGAGGGCUGGGUCUGGAGCUGUGCCAGGGGAGGUUUAGGUUGGAUAUUGGGAAGCAAUUUUUUGCCAAGAGAGUAAUCAGGCCUUGGAAUGGGCUGGGCAGGGAGGGGGUGGAGUCCCUGUCCCUGGAGGUGUUGAAGGUGAGAGUGGAUGUGGCCUCAGUGCCAUGGUCUGGGAAGCACAGCAGGGUUGGAUCCAGGGCUGGACUUGAUGAUCUCGGAGGUCUUUUCCAACCCAGCUGAUUCUGUGAUUCUCUGAUUGCCAUUCCUGUGGCAGCACAUGCUUGAGGCUCCAUCCCCAGGGUGAGAGAGAUGUCUGUCCAUAUCUAUCUGCAAGGUUAGUCUGUAAAUGUGUGGUGUUAGCAAAGCAGGCUGAGUUGUGGGCUGGUUGUAGAAGGAGAAAGAAGCCCCCAGCCCAGUGCAAGCAGGCAGCCCUCAGCUUGCACCUGAUGUCCCCUCCCUGCAGGUUCCUGUCCUUGAGCCCAGGCCCUGAGGUGAGGCUGAGAAUAAGUGCAAGGCAGAGGUGCUGCUGAGGAAGGAGAGCCCCGUGGUGGGGAAGGCACAAAGCUGUGUGUGCCCAUCCCCGAGCAGGUGCUGUGUCCAUCCCCUGUGUGCCAGGAUUUGUCCUUCCCAAAGCUUGGGCAGAUGGAGGAGGCUGCGAGGAAGAGGAAGAUGCCUUGGGCCCCCCAGGCAGGCCCCGAGCUGAGGACGGAGAGCCCGGAGGACAAAUCCCCCCGGCAGAGCCUGGUGGGAGAGGCCGUUUUGAAGGGCUCCCCGGCGCAGGAAGGCAGCGGGGAGGAAAAGGGCCGGAGAUCCCCCCGCAGGAGGGGCUCCAAAGCCAGCCCAGGGUGCUCUGAGGAGGAAAGAGCCAGCGUGUGCCGGGAAGGCGGCUGGAGCUUGAGGGGAAGCUCUGAGCUGGUGGUCCCUGAGCAGCCUCCCAGCAGGGAGAAGCCCUUCAGGUGCUUGGAAUGUGGGAAGAGCUUCUGGAAGAGCACGAAACUCCUUGCCCACCAGCACAUUCACACUGGGGAACGGCCCUACACAUGUAGGGAAUGUGGGAAGAGCUUCAGGAGCAGCUCCAACCUGAUCCGACACCAGCGCAUCCACACUGGGGAACGGCCCUACACAUGUAGGGAAUGUGGGAAGAGCUUCAGGAGCAGCUCCAACCUGAUCCAACACCAGCGCAUCCACAGUGGGGAACGUCCCUACAAGUGCUUGGAAUGUGGGAAGAGGUUUCAGACCAGCUCCAAUCUCCUCCUGCACCAGCGGACACACACGGAUGAGAGGCCCUUCCGCUGCACCGACUGUGGGAAGGGCUUUAAGUGGAACUCCAACCUCAUGAUCCACCAGCGGACACACACGGAUGAGAGGCCCUUCCGCUGCACCGACUGUGGGAAGGGCUUUAAGUGGAACUCCAACCUCAUGAUCCACCAGCGGACACACACGGAUGAGAGGCCCUUCCGCUGCAGCGACUGCGGGAAGGGCUUUAACCGGAACUCCACCCUCGUCAGGCACCGGCGCAUCCACAGCGGGGAGAGGCCCUACAGCUCCAGCCCCCACACCCACCAUCUUAUCCACACUGGGGAACGACCCUACAGGUGCUCGGAAUGUGGGAAGAGGUUUAAGACCAGCUCACAUCUCCUCCUGCAUGAGCGAACGCACACGGAUGAGAGGCCCUUCCGCUGCACCGACUGUGGGAAGGGCUUUAAGCGGAACUGCACCCUUGUCAGGCACCGGCGCAUCCACACCGGCGAGAGGCCCUACAAGUGUGGGGAGUGUGGGAAGAGCUUCACCCAGAGCUCUAACUUGACCAAACACCAACGGACACACCGGUAAGGGAAGCCCUCGAGUGCCCCGACUGCAGGAAGAACUUCGGCCGCUGCUUCCACCCUGAAUGAACCCCCUGAUGGGGAGGCAACCCCUGGAGUCCAGUGACUGUCACUCCAUCUCUUUCGACCACAAAGGGCCAGUCCCCUUUCCCAGGGGCAGCUUCUUCCAACAGAACCCUUCCUGGGGGGUGUGUGGAGAUUCCUGCCUUGACUGGGGACGCCCCAAGGUCACUCCUGGAGGUUGAGAGCAGAGAUCUCCUCAUGAGCGUUGGUCUGGGGGAGUUCCAUCCAUCUCUAAUUAAGAAUUAUUGCUUUUGUGCCAGCUUGAGUAGAAUGGCUUCAACAAUUGCUUUAGUGUAGAGCACUGUCCUAUCUUACCCUGUACUCCUGGUAGUUUUAGUGUUUGUAUUGUGCAGUAAAUAAUUCUGAUGAAGAUCUUCUGUCUGAUCGUUUGUAACCCUAAAUAAAUUCGUUUCUAUCAAUAGA